UCCAGGGACGAACAUGUCGACCAUUGCAGGACUACCCACCGCCUGCACUUUGAUAAGCCGACCAAUAGGCAUUUCCAAUCCCACUUCCCUCGUCAAGAUCCCAUCCUCUCUUGGGUCGGUGAAGCCCGUCUCCAAGUCCUUCAGUCUGAGAUCCCCGGGCAGCUUCAGGGCGUCCAUGGCUGUGUACAAGGUGAAGCUGAUCGGCCCUGAUGGUGAGGAGCACGAGAUUGAGGCGCCCGACGACUCCUACAUCCUGGACUCGGCCGAGAACGCGGGGCUCGAGCUGCCGUACUCGUGCAGGGCGGGCUCUUGUUCCACUUGCGCGGGGAAAUUGGAGUCGGGCACGGUGGACCAGUCCGACGGGUCGUUCCUCGAAGAGAAGCAGAUGGAGCAAGGCUACGUGCUGACUUGCGUUUCCUAUCCGAAGUCCGAUUGCGUGAUCUACACACACAAAGAGGAAGAAGUCCAUUAGGGUAUUAUUACCAUAUCACUUGAUCAAUUGACAAAAUAAAGUAUUGUGUCAAUCAUUGUAGUCUCUCUAUAAUGAUGAUAGUUGAAUAGAAAGCACUCUUUGUAAGUUCCUGAAAUGCUUCCGAAUGCGGAGUAUAUUCAUAUAUCCCUGUACAAUAGCGCGAUAGCGGUCGUUUAUUUGCUUUCCACUAUGCAUUGGGGCCUCUAGAAGGCAGCAUAUUCCC